AUGCAGAGGGCUUUGGAGCGAGCUGUGGACCGCGCGGGCCGGGCCAUUGCGAGCGCCCAGCAGAGGCCUCCCAAGAGGAAAGCCUCCUCCGCUGAGGGCAAAUCCCUGCAGGAGAAGCUGUACGACAUCUACGUGGAGGAGUGCGGGAGGGAGCCCGAGGGCCCGGAGGAGCUGAUGCGCAACGUGCACUUGCUGGAGAAGCUGGUCAAGAGGGAGUCUCCGCCCAGUUUGCUGGUCAACCUGCUCCCGGGUGAGAAGGAGUACUCGCUGGUGCUCAGGGUCGAGACGGAAGCAUAUUUGGAGACCGUGCUGCUGCCUUACCAUGACAGCGACUUCCUUCAGUACCUGGAUGCAGAGCAGCUGUCCCCUGAUCUGGUGGACGUCCUGGAAAAGUCUCAGGUGAACAUCUUUCAGAGCGGGUGUGUCAUCACCGAGGUGCGGGACUACAGACGGUGUACGCACUCGGAUCGCAGUGCUUUCCGGAGCAGGCACGUUCUCUUACGCCCAACGAUGCAGACCUUAGCUUCCGACGUGCAGUCCAUAACCAGCGAUCCCCAGAUCUGGACCCAGGAAGACAAACUUUCGCUUGAGAGUCAGCUGAUCUUAGCUACCGCAGAGCCCCUGUGCCUCGACCCUUCUGUGUCAGUAGCGUGCGUUGAAAACCAGCUACUCUACAACAAGCAAAAGAUGAAUACUCCCCCAAUGAAAAGGAGCCUCCAGGAUUGCUCUGCAGCCUCCCUGGACCUGCAGCCGGAGGUGUCUCGCAGCCCACCCCCUCCUGAGCUAAGGGCAUGGGCUCCUGACCAGAAAAGCGAAGAAAGUCAAGCAGAUCAGCUGGAUGACUUUGACCUUUUCAAAGAAGGAAAUUUGGUAGGUAUGUGGGAACAGCUACCCCCUUCUGAUUUCGAUGUGGAAAAAUACGCUGCAGAAGAUUGGCCUUUCAAAUAUGAUGAUGCUCACUCAAUUGCCUGGCCAGACCUGGAGGCACAAAGUGAUUCUUUAUUUGGACGUGAAGCUGGCAAGCUUUCCCCGGCAACAAAGCCGAACGUCAUGCGGUCUCUGAACGAUCCAUUUAUCUCUGGGCAAAGGCCCUAUGAAAACGUCAGAUGUGGGAGAUGGAUUUCUCACCUCUCGUCCUUUAUAAAUGACCAUUCCUAUAGUCACAUGUCUGGGUCCGAGCCUGGUGCUGCCAAAGCAGCCAGACAGUCCAAGAGAUUGCUGAAGAAGAGGGACAAACGUCCAGUCAGGGUGGCACAGAGGUCCAGUGGCUUCACCCGUCUCAGCCAGCUUUGUCCGGGGAGAGCAGCAGAGCAGCCGCAGGCCGUGUCCACUCCGUCCGCAGCACCGGGCAAGGAAGGCCAGCACACACCUCCAGCCCUCAGUCCUCCCUGCAGCUCAGGGAAGAUCUCCUCGGGUAAGCCUCUGCCUUCACAGCAGCCCAUCAGGAUUCGAGCGCUUCCAUCUCCUGCCCCUGCUUGUCAGCCACCAAGUCUUCCCAAGAAAUCUUCUGCGCAAGGGAACAUACUUCCUGCAGCCACUGCGUCUUCUGCCAGAGCAUCCUGCAUAGCCCCGUUCAUCCAGGUCAAGCGCACCGCUGUUGACCCCAAGGUCGUUCAGCUGAUCGGCCCCGUCCACAUCGUCCAGACUGUGGUGAGAGAGUACAACCCCGCCCAGGCCUCUCCCUGCGGGGCCAAGGCUGCUUCAGGGGCGAAGCCCAGCAGCCUGCCCUCCGGAGGCCAGCUCCAGAACGCAGGGCCGGCCGUCCCCCAGGCUGCCUCCCAAGGCGGCGUGCAGUACGUGCUGGGAAACAUGUCCAGUCUCAGGCCCAGCCAGGUGCUCUGGGUCCCUGAGGGCUCGGACAUUUCCACCAUCCUGCAGCAGGCCCAGCAGCCGCAGCAGCUGCUCUGCCACUUGGUGGCACAGCCGCCAUCUGCACAGCCCCCCGCUUCUCGUCUUCGGCAGCCGGCGAGGCAGGUUUCCAGGGCGCAGGCUCCCAGCAGUCGACCCAAAGGCCUGUCCACCCAGCAGGCUGCUGCUGUCAUCAACCUCAACGGAGUAGGAGGUGUCCUGCAGCCCCAGCAAGCUCCGCUGUCCCAGCCUGGCUCCGGCCAGACAAGGCCUGGGCAGCGGCUGGUCCAGCUGCCGUCUGUCUUCCAGCAGCUGCCACAGUCCAAGCCGGUGCAGUGGCGGGUCGUGCCGCUCUCGGAGGCCGAGGGGAUGGCAUCCGUGCAACCAGUUCAGCCAGGUGGGGGCCAGCAGCCAGCCGGCCAGGCCAAGGGCAAAAAGAAAGGAGGCCUGCCCAGCACCCCCCGAUGCUGA